CACACACACACACACACACACACAAGCGUUCAGAGUGUGAAAACACAAGGGUGGAGUCGGCACAGAGGGACUUUUUUCUCCCCCGAGGGGAUCAGAUCUUGACUUGAUGCGCCGGGAAGGACUCUAAAGCGAGAUUUCCAGUGAAUUAAGCAACGUCAAACCACACCGGGGUGUGUUUUUAACCUUAUCUGGUCUCAAAUCAUAUCCGAUUCUAAUUGUGACCCGUUUUAUAUGUGAUAAGAUCGAGGAGUUGAACUAAACCAGUUUAUGUGCAGUCAUGGACCGCAACGCACUGGACCUGCCGCGCGUCCAGCCCUCGCCACGGGCAGCGCGUAAAAGCGAGUGGCUCCGGAGCGCCCUGGCCCAUCACCACUGCCCCGACCCCGGCGUGGAUAACGAAAUCGUGGUCCUGGCCACUGGAAUAGACCAAUACCUGCAGGAGGUCUUUCACCACCUGGCCUACCCCAACCGGAACGAUAUGGUGUCGGCGGAGGACUUCACCGCGCUGUGCGCCGUACUGGGACUAGGUACCGGAGCGGAGAAAGGAAAGAAGAGGAUGAAAGGAGGAACUGGAGAUGGAGAUAGACAAAAAGAUGAAGAAGAUGAAGAUUUUAUGGAUAUUUGCUCUAUGUUGCCCUGCCAGCUUUCCUUUAAAGACUUCCACUCGCGGCUCUGUGGGUAUUUCCGUGUGCGCAGUGCGCGUGGAGGAGCUGCGAAGUGUGCCUGGCGCCUCCCGGUCACAGAGGACACGGAGCUGGUUGAGAGACAGAUCCGGCUCCGCUGGCCGCGUGUCAGACGGAGAAAAUGUGUGAGUUUUGAUUUGACGAGGGAUCAGAAUGGACCCGUCAACAGAUUGAUUAACGGUCGAACCGCAGAACACAGCGAGUCAGAUGAGGUAGCAGCUCUGAGGGAGCUGGUGGAGGACCUCCGCUCUGCGCUGCAGGGAAGCGACGCCCGCUGCCUGGCCCUGGAGGUGGCCCUCCGACAAGAGAGGAGCCGCCCCCCCCCUUCUCCGUCCAGCUUCAGUUCCAUGGUUUCAACUCACAAAACUUCCAUCAACCUCAUACAGGGAAAACUGGUACCAACACACAGAAUUAAAGGACAGUGCGUCUGUGAUGCGGCGAGGAGGGUGGCGAGGAGACAGGACAUCAGGGACCCCCUUGUGAGGGAGCUGAAGCUGAUUCGCUCCUCGCGUGAUGGACAGCUGGAGGAGGCCAUGAAAUUCAAUGAACAUCUGGAGGAGGAGCUGCGAUGGGCGUACCAGGAGGUGCGCAAGCUUCACGGGGCGGAGUCUGAAUUGAGGAAGAAGAACGCUCAGAUCAGGAGGCGGGCGGAGGAGGCCAGGGAGGCCCUGAGCUUGGGGCUUCAGAGGGUUCGGAUGAUCCAGGAGCAGGCUCAGUCUGUGCCACAGCUUCAGUCCAGGAUCACCCAACUGGAGACUGAACUACACCUGUACAGCUCCCACUGCACCUGCAUCUCUGAUCACGCCCAGCAACAACUUUACCUAAUCGGAGCAGAAGACGCCUGUAGCAAGCCACAGGCAGAGCGUCUGCAGAGAGCGGUGGAAGGAAGAGCUGCUUCGGAUGAAGAGGAGGAGGACAGAGGGAUGAGGGAGGAAGGACAGGGCUGCCUGUCGGAUGGGAAGAAGCACCGACUGCACGGCUGUGGCAAAGGAUGUCAGAGCAAUGAGGUCCACCAAUUCAUCUCUCCGAGUCACCUGCAUGAUAAAACCCUCAUCAGCACUGUUAAGGACAGCAGGGGGCGCUGCAGCUGGAAGGGCCAAACCCAGGAGCAGCCUGAGGGAAGCAGAGGCUUUGAAAAAGAAAAGGUCCAUCUCAGGUCUUGCAGUUAGCUGACGCCCUCUGUGUCCGGCUGUCCUCCAGGGGUCUCCUUGGAAACGGAGGGGAGGAUGAAGGAGGAGAGAGCAGAGAGAAACUGGUUCCAUCAAACCAGCAGCAUCAACCCUCUGCUCAUCUCAUGUUGAAUACGUUUCUUCUGUGGCACUUAUAUUUUUCCUCUCUUUUAUCUUUGGCGUGUUUUGCACCCGUGUAAGUUUCCCAGGUUUUCACACUCGUUCAAUGUAUUUAAAGGUACACUUUUUUUUUGCUCUCUGCAUAUUCUAUUUUGUAACUAUUUAAUUUCAGUUAUUAAAUAUUUUUAUCCAACCCCUUUGUU